GAGGGGCCGCACCCGCCACCAACAUGCCCUUUGACUUCAGGAGGUUUGAUAUCUACAGGAAGGUGCCAAAAGACCUCACACAGCCAACCUACACAGGAGCUAUUAUUUCUGUCUGCUGCUGUCUCUUCAUACUGUUUCUUUUCCUGUCUGAGCUCACCGGAUUCAUAGCCACUGAAAUAGUUAACGAGCUCUACGUAGACGACCCGGACAAAGAAAGCGGAGGUAAAAUAGAAGUGAAUCUGAAUAUCAGCUUACCGAACCUGCACUGUGAAUUGGUUGGACUGGACAUUCAGGAUGAAAUGGGAAGGCACGAAGUUGGCCAUAUUGACAACUCAAUGAAAGUACCUCUCAAUAAUGGGGAUGGCUGCAGGUUUGAGGGCCACUUCAGCAUCAACAAGGUUCCAGGUAACUUUCAUGUGUCAACACACAGUGCCACUGCACAGCCUCAGAAUCCUGACAUGACGCACAUCAUCCACAAACUCUCAUUUGGGGAUAAGUUACAGGUCCAGAACAUUCAUGGAGCAUUCAAUGCCCUGGGGGGAGCAGACAAGCUCAGCUCAAACCCCCUUGCAUCUCAUGAUUAUAUACUGAAGAUAGUCCCCACCGUGUAUGAAGAUAUGAGCGGCAAACAGCGGUACUCAUACCAGUAUACUGUAGCAAACAAGGAGUAUGUUGCCUACAGUCACACUGGCCGCAUUAUCCCCGCUAUCUGGUUUCGCUAUGAUCUGAGCCCCAUCACAGUGAAAUAUACAGAGAGGCGGCAACCUUUGUACAGGUUUAUCACAUCGAUUUGCGCCAUUAUUGGAGGAACGUUUACUGUAGCUGGGAUCCUUGACUCAUGCAUUUUCACAGCCUCUGAAGCCUGGAAGAAGAUCCAAUUAGGGAAAAUGCAGUAGCGAUGAAACCAUUAUCCAAGGCUCCAGGGGCAGGAGUAAAGAAUGAGAACCCCCCCACACACACCUGUUUCUGUUUUUUCUAUUUGAUUGAAUCGAUACAUUAUUCUUUAGUCAGGUUAUUUGGUGAAGCUCUUUUUUCAACAAAUCAAAAAUCUGUCUACAUUUCAAAGCUCUGAGUCAUCAGCCCCCUCCUCGCAAUUUCUACAUUAGAAACCCCAAAAGGUUUCUAAUGUAGAAAUUGCAUUUAUGAAUUAACUCUCCAGGAUCCUAUAGAGUAACACUAGUGUCAGGAGGGUC